AUGUCCAGUCACUGUCAUGAUGAGCAUGACCACGGUCACGGCGGGCAUUCUCACGAAGGUCACGAUCAUUCUGAUGAUAUCACCCCCGCACUUCAAUACUCACUCUACCAGCACAUCAAAUUUGACGACAUAACCACACUAAAUGAAGCCACUUCUGGUUCUGGAAAAUCCAUUGUGAAGAAAACAUGGGAUGAACGGAUGCAUGAGCAACCAGAGCUCGAGAGCGAUGCUGAUGAACAACUGUUGAUACAUAUCCCGUUCACCGGCCAAGUGAAACUCCACUCGAUUCUUAUCCGCACGUCAAACUCUGAAUCUGCUCCUAAGACCCUUAAAGUGUUUAUCAAUCGCGACGAUAUUGAUUUCAGCACCGCGUCAGAGCUACGGCCUACGCAGGAAUUCGAACUAAGUCAAACAUCUGAGAUUCAGGACAUAGGGGUCAAAAGGGCCUUGUUCGGAAAAGUACAGAAUCUGACGCUGUUUGUGGAGGAUAAUCAUGGGGAGGACAUAAGUCGUAUUUGUUAUAUGGGCUUCAAGGGCGAUUGGAUGCAAUUAGGGAAGGCGCCUACGAAUAUCAUUUAUGAGGCUGCGGCAAAUCCAACCGAUCACAAAAUCAAGGGCACAAGUUUGAAUCAGAUGGGUAGUAAUGUUGGUCAGUGA